AAGGAGUUAUUUUUGGCUUUGCUUGAUUGAAUAACGUUUUCCGUUUCUACUGUAAUGGGAGCUGCCGCGUACAAAGAUAACAAGCGCAAUCUGUCUGCGGGAAAUGGAGUCUGAACUGCUGAGGCGUAUGCUGAUGAGUCUCGCCAGCACGUCACGUUUGGCUAUCGAACUAUUCCUUAAGAUCCAAAGUGACAGUGAGGGUGAGGAUUCUGACAAUGCUAUCGAGACGCGUAACGCGUACGACACGAAAUUGCUUGUGGCAUUCACGGACAUGCUUAGCACCGUGGAACGCCGCUUUUGGGUUCGGGAAACAAGCACCGAGUGGUGGGAUCACAUCGUCAUGGAAGUCUGGGAUGACGAGCAGUGGCUGCAGAACUUUCGGAUGAGAAAAGCCACUUUCAUGGGACUAUGUGAGGAGCUUGACCCCACCCUGUGGCGCAAGGACACGAGAUUGAGAGCUGCCCUGCCAGUGGAGAAGCAGGUGGCCAUUGCAAUCUGGAAGCUGGCAACUCCAGACAGCUACCGGUCAGUCGCAAACCAGUUUGGAGUGGGAAAGUCGACCGUUGAAAUUGUGUUGAUGCAAGCUUGCAAGACCAUUAAUCGCAUCUUACUCAGAAGAACCGUGACUCUGGGUAACAUGCAGGAAAUAGUGGAUGGCUUUGCACAAAUGGGGUUCCCUAACUGUGGAGGGGCAACAGAUGGGAUGCACAUUCCUAUUCUGGCACCACCCCACCUAGGAUCCGAGUACGUUAAUUGGAAGGGGUAUUUCUCUAUGGUUCUCCAGGUGCUUGUGGAUCACCAUGGGCGUUUCAUUGACAUUAACACAGGCUAGCCUGGAAAGGUGCAUGACGCACGCAUCUUUCUGAACACUUGGCUGUUCAGGAAGACGCAGGCCGGGACUUUUUUCCCAGAGCGGAAGAUCACGGUAGGGGAAGUUGAAAUGCCCAUUGUGAUCCUUGGCGAUCCCGCUUACCCGUUAAUGCCGUGGCUCAUGAAACUCUACACAGGGAGCCUUGACAGCAGCAAGGAACGGUUCAACUACAGGCUGAGCCGGUGCCGAAUGACCGUGGAGUGUGCCUUUGGCCGUUUAAAGGCCCGCUGGCGAUCUCUGUACAGGAAGCUGGACUUGGCCGAAAGCAGCAUCCCCGCGGUUAUAUCCGCGUGCUGUGCCCUCCAUAAUGUUUGUGAAGGGAGGGGUGAAAGCUUCACUCAGGCAUGGACCUCCGAGGUUCAACACCUGCAGGCUGAAUUUGCACAGCCAGAGAGCAGGGCUAUUACAGGGGCCCAGCGCGGGGCUGCAAGGAUUAGGGAUGCCUUGAGGGAGCAAUUUGAGGCUGAAAACCAGCAGCGAUAUCUGGUGCCCUGCAUGGGAGUGAAGUGCAGUAGUUCCAAUCUUUAGGAAUCAGUGUCUGCUUAGCAGACAAGCAGACUUGCAGUGCCUGUUUAUUUCCUGGGCUAAGGAGUCUUUUACUUUAUGCAGUAAUAAAGAAUGUUUUCAAAGCCAAAGAAUCCAUUUAUUGAAAAGAAAAAAGGGGGUGGCGUGGGGAACAGUGCAAUCA